AUGGCCCCUCACAGCACCGUCGACUCCGACUACUCGUCCGGGUCCUACACCCCGACCAGUACCGAUGGCUUCGCCGGCCUCAACGGACUUAACGGUGGGCGCACCGUCGACCCUCAAGAGCCCAUCGCUAUCAUUGGAAUGGGAUGUCGUCUGCCCGGUGGAAGCCACUCCGCAUCCAAGCUCUGGGAGCUCCUCAAGGCCGGGCGUACCGCCCAGAGCCGCUUCCCACCGUCGCGCUUCAACAUCGACGGCUUCUACCACCCCAACUCGGACCGUCCUGGCUCGCUCAACAUGGAGGGCGGCUACUUCAUCGAGGACGACAUCCGCGGGUUCGAGAACUCCUUCUUCGGCAUCAACAACCUCGAGGCCACAUACAUGGACCCCCAGCAGCGCAAGCUGCUUGAGGUGGUCUUCGAGACGUUCGAGAACGCCGGCUUCACGCUGGAUCAGGUCUCUGACGCCAACAUCGGUUGCUAUGUCGGCAACUUCGUCACCGACUUCAUCACCAUGCAGCUCAAGGAUUCCGAGUACACCCACAGAUACUCCGCGACUGGUCUGGGUACCACCAUCUUGGCCAACAGAAUCAGUCAUGUGUUCAACAUGAAGGGUCCCAGCUUCGUCAUCGACACUGCUUGCUCUUCCUCGCUUUACUGCUUGCAUGCGGCUGUUACCGCCUUGCUCGCAGGAGAAUGCGACUCCGCCAUCGUGGCUGGUGCCAACCUUAUCCAGUCUCCUGAGCAGCAGCUCGCCACCAUGAAGGCUGGUGUCCUUUCCAAGACCUCCACUUGUCACACCUUUGACUCGUCUGCCGAUGGUUACGGCAGAGCUGAUGGUAUCGGCGCCAUCCUCGUUAAGAGGCUCAGUGAUGCCAUCCGUGACGGAGAUCCGAUCCGCUCCGUCAUCCGUGGUACUGCCAUCAACUCCAACGGCAAGACCAAUGGCAUUACCCUGCCUAGCGCUGAUGGUCAGGAAGCCGUCAUCCGCAAGGCCUAUGCCCAGGCUGGUCUUGGCUUCAACGAGACCGACUACAUUGAGUGCCAUGGAACUGGUACAGCCGUGGGUGACCCGAUCGAAGUUGAGGCCGUGUCCCGUGUCUUCAAGAAGCCCCAGGGCGCUCCCCUCCUGAUCGGCUCCGUCAAGAGCAACCUCGGUCACUCCGAGGCUGCAUCCGGCUUGUCCAGCAUCAUCAAGGUCGCCAUGGCCCUCGAGAAGGGCGAGAUCCCUCCCACAUAUGGCGUCAAGAACAUCAACCCCAAGAUCAAGACCGAUGAGUGGAACGUCCAGAUCGUCACUGAGGCGACCCCCUGGCCGAAGAACCUUCCUCACAACUCCAGCAGACUCUUCCGUCGCGCUGGUGUCAACUCAUUCGGAUAUGGUGGUGCCAAUGCUCACGCCAUUCUUGAGGCUCCCCAGAUGCACGUCCCUGUUGGCUACAACCGUGGCUCUCUGCCGGCUUCUCUCACCCGCUCGACUCUGUUCCUCCCCUUCUCCGGUUCCAACACCGCUGCUCUCGAGCGCAGAGUCACUGACAUUGCUGCUGCGGUUGACUUUGACAACGUCAACAUUGCCGACUUGGCCUACACCCUCGGCGUCAAGCGCACCCACCUCAGCACUCGCGGUUUCAUCCUCAGCGGCCCAGACACCCUCAAGGAUGACCUCAAGCCCGAGAACCUCCGCGUUGCUGUCCAGGGCAAGACCUACUCCAAGCUCCCCUUGGCUUUUGUCUUCACCGGCCAGGGCGCUCAGUGGCCUGAGAUGGGCAAGGAGUUGAUGAAGGAGUUCCCCAGCUUCCGCCGUACUAUCCAGAGGCUCGAUGCUGCCUUGCAGAUGCUCCCGCAUGCUCCCACCUGGACCCUUCAGGGCGCCAUCCUUGAGCCGGCCAAGACUAGCAUGAUCAACCAUGCCUCGCGUUCUCAGCCUGUCUGCACUGCUGUCCAGGUUGCCCUGGUCCAGCUCCUUGCCUCUUGGGACAUCAAGCCCGAGAGUGUCAUCGGCCACUCCUCCGGAGAAAUUGCCGCCGCCUACACUGCCGGCUACCUCACCCCCGAGCAGUCCAUCAUCAUCGCCUACUACCGUGGUCACUGUGUUACCAAGAGCACCAUGGUGGGUGCCAUGAUGGCUGCCGGUCUCGGCGCUGAGGAUGCCAACAAGAAGAUCAGCGAGCUUGGCCUCGACGGAAAAAUCAGGGUUGCUUGUGUCAACUCCCCUGAGAGCGUCACCAUCUCCGGUAACACCGAGGGCAUCGAGACUCUCCGUGCCCAGUUUGACGAAGCUGGCACAUUUGCCAGAGUCCUCAAGACCGAUGGCAAGGCCUACCACUCUCACCACAUGGCUGUCAUCGGCCAGGAGUACGAGGACCUCAUGACCGAGGCUCUCGACGGCGAUGACUUCCCCACCACCGGCAACGGCGUUCGGUUCAUCUCCUCCGUCACUGACGCCGUUGUCAACCACGCCGUCGGCCCCGCGUAUUGGCGCGCUAACCUCGAGUCCCCCGUCCUGUUCGCCAACGUCGUCGAGCGUCUCAUCAAGGACACCGCCUCGCACCUAGUCGAGCUCGGCCCUCACUCCGCUCUCGAGCUUCCCAUCAAGCAGACCCGCACCAAGCUCAACAUCAGCGAGACCAAGAUACACUACGGCUCUGCCCUGUCGCGCGGCAAGAACUCCAUCACCACCAUCCUCAACCUGGUCGGCGACCUCUUCCUGCACGGCCACGACGUCUCCUUCAAGGGCGUCAACUACGUCGACUCGGCCUUCAACAGCCCCAAGGCGCGCAAGAACGUGCGCACCCAGGAGAAGAUGCUGCUCGACCUGCCGAACUACACCUGGGAUUAUAGCGGCACCGUCUUCAACGAGUCGCGCGUCAGCGUCGAGUGGCGCAACCGCAAGUAUCCCCGCCACGACCUGCUCGGCUCUCAAGUCCACGGAGGCAAUGGAAUCUCCACCAACUGGCGCAAUGUCGUCAAGGCCAAGGACAUCCCCUGGAUGGAGGGCCACAAGCUCGACACGACCACCGUCUUCCCGGCCGCUGGCUACCUCGCCAUGGCGGUUGAAGCCAUGUGCCAAGUCGCCGACGUGACCAAGGAGCAAGAGCCCGCGCUCAGCCUUCGCAACGUCAACAUCACCAAGGCCCUGACCCUCGGCAGCGAAGAGACCGACGUCGGUGUCGAGCUGUUCACCACGCUCUAUCCUGCCCAGCUCUCCGGCGGCUCUGCUACCGACGCAGGCUGGUACCAGUUCAACAUCAGCUCCUACACCAACGACACGGCCACCACGCACGCCAACGGUCUCGUCAAGAUCGACGCCGCCCCCGCUCCGCUGGAGGUCAGCCUGCCCAUCGUCCCAUCGACCAUGGAGCCUCAAGCACCGCGCACAUGGUACGGCAAGUUUGCCAAGGGCGGCUUGAACUUCCAGGGCCAGUUCCAGUCUCUCACCGAGAUCCAGAACCCCCGCAAGAAGGAGAACGCGCACACGCUGGCCAAGACGGAACUCCGCCAGGGCGGUGGCAGUGGCACUUCGUCUGAGUCGGAGUAUCUCAUUCACCCAAUCACGAUCGAUGCCCUCUUCCAGGCUGGUAUCAUUGCCAGCACCUCUGGUGUUGUCCGCGAGUUGCGCGCUAAGGUCCCGGUGCACAUCGAGGAGAUGCACCUCCGCGCUCCGGUUGGUGGGCAGAAGGAGCUCAAGGUCAAUGCCACUUCUGACGCCGUUGGCUUUGGCACCAUCCGCGUCGAUGGUGAGCUGUUUGAUGACGAGGGACGUGUCUUCCUCCAGAUCAACCGGUGCAGACAGGUUGCUUACCAGAGCGGUAUCCAGCAGGAGGCUGGCGAUGAACGUCACCCUAUGCUCCGCGUUGUCUGGAAGCCGGAUGUGACCAGGCUUGGAACCGAUGAUGCCGAGGAGUUCUCGCAGUACAUUGAGCAGUAUACUGCCAAGUCUGAGAGCAAGGCUGAUGAUGCUACUGUUCGCUUGGGCGCUGCUCUUGAUUUGUUGAUUCACAAGCACCCCCGACUUCGCAUCCUGAACCUCGACGUCAACUUGAACGAGUUCUUGGUUGACACCCUCCGUCUCGAGACCGACUUCAAGAAGUGCAAGACCCUGGUUAGCGGCUCCUACUCCGAGGAUGGCACCCUCACCUUCGAGGACCUCACCAACGAGGGCAAGACCUCCACCGUCGCUCAAGUCUUUGACGUCGUCAUCCUCGGCUCCAAGACCCAGGACCUCGAGGCCGUCAAGGAGCUCGUCGAUGAGGACGGUUCUAUCCUCCUCAACGGCUCUUUCGCCGACGCUGACAAGCUCCAAAACCUCGGCUUCACGACCCUCCAGGCUCCCUCCGGCACCACCCUCGCACAGACUCCCCAAGAGGUCACCGCCAAGCAGACCAAGACUCUUUCCAAGCAGGUCCUCAUCGUCGAGCGCAACGCCGACCAUGUCCUCAACAGCGCCAUUGCCGCCCAAGCCAAGAAGAUCACCGGCCUCGACGCCCAGCGCAUCCCGCUCGAGAGCGUUACCGCCGACAUCAUCGCCGCGCACACCCGCGUCAUCUCUACCAUCGAGCUUGAGGACCCCGUCCUCUCGCGCGUCACCGAGGACGAGAUGAAGCACAUCAAGACUUUGACCGACAACUGCACCAACCUCGUCUGGGUCACCGGCGGCCGUCUCUUCCACGCCUCUUCGCCCGAGCACGCCGUUGUCUACGGUCUCUCGCGUGCGCUGAUGCUCGAGCAGCCUUCGCUUCGCUUCUUCGUGCUGGAUGUCGACCAUGAGAACACCCCCGUGCAGAGAACGGCUAAGCACGUCGUUGAAGUCCUCCAGCAGGCUCUUAUCGAGGCUGAUCCCGACUAUGAGUUCAUCCAGAACGCUGGCCUGCUUCAUGUCAGUAGGUUCGUGCCUGAGGAGAGCCUCAACAGGGUCUUCCGUGAGAAGCAGGGUGCUGAGAAGCUUGCUCUGCCUCUCAAGGAUGCUAGACCUUUCCGUCUGGGUACCGAUAUGGUCGGCCAGAUCGACUCUAUCUUCUUCCGUCGUGAGGAGGUCAAGGAUGUUCAGCUGGCUGAUGGCCAUGUUGAGGUCUCUGUUAAAGCUGUGGGCUUGAACACCAAGGAUCUGCAGGCUAUCAAUGGCGACGGCGAUAACACUAGCGGCUCCUUCUGCACUUCGCAGUACACCGCUGUUGUCACCAAGGUCGCUGGUGGUGUUGAGAACCUCGCUGUUGGUGACCGUGUCGUCGUCAUGGCCCCCGGUUACUUUGCCACGACCGAGAGUGUCCCAGCCUGGGCUUGCCAGAAGCUGGCCGACAACGAGGACUUCACCACCCUUUCUAGCGUUCCCCUUCAGCUCAGCACCGCCAUCUACGCCGUCAACAACCGUGCCCAUGUCCAGUCUGGCGAGUCCGUCCUCGUCAUCGCCGGAAGCGACAUCGCUGCUGACCAGGCCGCCAUCCGCGUCGCUCAGCUCGCUGGCGCCGAGGUGUUUGCCGUCGGUGACAACACCAACCUGUCUGCGGACCGCGUCUUUGCCAAGGAUGACCAGGCUCUCGUUGCCAAGCUGCUCAAGGCCACUGAAGGCCGUGGCGUCGACGUCGUCCUCAACUUUGCCAACGAGGCCGCUCCCAUCUCCAGCAUCGGCAGCAUCUUCGCCGACUGCGGUCGUCUUGUCCAUGUCGGCAAAUCUGGCCUCGCUGAGACCAUUGCCACCGACUCGACCCUCUUCCGCAAGAGCGUCACUGUCACGACCUUUGACAUUGCCAACAUCUUGUCUCUCAAGACCGCUGCCGGCCAGAAGAUCCGCUCCCAGCUGUUGGCUGAUAGCAUUGCUCUCUACCGCCAGGGCGAGCUCAACUUGGCUACGUCUCCCAAGGCCUUUGACGUCUCCGAGGUCCGCGACGCCUUCCGCGCGCUGGCGGCCAAGGGCCACUCUGGCUCUGUUGUUGUGUCUCUCGAGAACGAUGCCUCGCUUGUCCCUACGCUUCCGCUCAAGUAUGACACCGUCCUUAGCCCCGAGAAGAGCUACCUCCUUGUCGGCUGCCUCGGUGGUCUCGGUCGCUCCAUGUCCAAGUGGAUGCUCGCUCGUGGUGCUCGCAAGUUCGUGUUCAUGGGCCGCAGCGGUACUGACCGUGCUCCUGCUCGUCGCUUGGUCGAGGAUCUCGAGCUCGCCGGUGCGCAGGUGACGGUCGUUCGUGGUGACGUUAUCAACAUGGAGGAUGUCGAGCUGGCUGUCAAUGGUAUCGAAGGACAGAUCGGUGGUGUUAUCCAGGCUGCUAUGGGUCUUGAUGAAGCUCUCUUCACCACUAUGCCCCGCGACUACUGGCUCACCGGCCUCAAGCCCAAGAUUGUCGGCUCGUGGAACUUGCACAAUGCCAUCCGCGGCCGUGACUCCCAGCUCGACUUCUUCCUCAUGACCUCCUCCAUCUCCGGCAGCGUUGGCACCGCCACCGAGUCCAACUACUGCUCGGCCAACUACUUCCUCGACGUCUUCGCCCGCCACCGUCACUCCCUCGGUCUCCCCGCCACUUCCAUCGGUCUUGGUAUGAUUUCCGAAGUCGGCUACCUGCACGAGAACCCCGAGAUCGAAGCCAUGCUCCUCCGCAAGGGCAUCCAAGCCAUCAACGAAGACGAGAUGCUGCAAAUCAUCGACGCCUCGCUGGCCACUCCCACCUCCGUCCCCGGCAGCUACGACGAGCUCGCCCGCGCCCACGUCCUGACCGGUCUCGAGCCUCUCGGCCUCAAGGAGCUGCGCGCCAAGGGCUUUGAGGGCACCUCGCCCGUGCUCGGCGACCCCCGCGCUUCUCUCCUGUCCGCCGCCCUCGACGAGUCCACCGAUGCGGGCAGCAGCGGCGCGGCCAGCGGUAUGCCCGCCGAAGUGGCCGAGGCUAUUGCCACGGGUGCCUCGGUCGAGGACGCCAUCCUCAAGAUGAUCUCCAAGAAGUUCUCCAACUUGGUGCUGAUUCCCGAGGACAAGCUGAACCUGACCAAGCCGAUCAGCGAGGUGGGUGUGGACAGCAUGUUGGCUGCGGAGUUCAGGGCGUGGAUCUUCCAGGCUUUUAAGGUGGAUGUGCCGUAUUUGACACUGUUGUCGGCGGCGGCUACGCUGACGUUGUUGUCGGAGUUGAUCACGAAGAAGAUGUUGGAGGCUCAGGAUGCUUAA